CAUAAGUUCUUGUAAAUAAGUUGUGUGUACAACGUGUAUUAGUACAAGUACAUUGAAUACUGUGUUCAAGCAGUUUCAGAGAUGUAUGUCCGAAAAACUACCUGCUAAGAUCACGACCCACUACAGCGUGAUUCCACGAGACAAGGACCCUCGAUGGAAAGAUGUGGACAUGGAGAGAGUUUCGGAUGAGUUUGAUGCAGUGAUUGUUGGUGGCGGACCAGCAGGCAUGUCUGCUGCGAUACGACUAAAGCAGCUUGCCAACGAUGCGGGCAAAGAGUUCAGAGUGUGCCUAGUAGAGAAAGCAGCAGAAAUAGGUGGGCACAUCUUGUCAGGGAACGUCUUUCAGCCGAAUUCACUGAACGAACUCAUUCCUGAUUGGAAGGAGAAAGGGGCACCGUUGCAUACACCUGUGAAAGAAGAUAAGUUCAGUGUGUUGACAGAGACGGGGCGGAUACCAGUCCCUGUCAUACCAGGUCUUCCUAUGUCUAACCAUGGUAACUAUGUGAUCCGUCUUGGCAACUUGGUGCAGUGGCUUGGAGAGCAGGCUGAGGAGCUUGGUGUUGAGAUCUACCCUGGGAGCCCUGCUGCAGAGGUUUUGUUUCAUGAAGAUGGGAGUGUGAAAGGAAUUGCAACAGCCGAUGUCGGCAUAGCUAAAGAUGGUUCACCCAAGGAGACGUUCGAGCGAGGCAUGGAGCUGCAUGCGGGCAUCACAAUGUUUGCCGAGGGUUGCCAUGGACACCUAGGCAAGCAGCUGUACAAGACGUUCAACCUGCGAGCCAACUGUCAGCCGCAGACCUACGCCAUCGGCUUCAAGGAGCUGUGGGAGGUGGAGCCGUCGCGGCAUCGCCCAGGCCUGGUGGAGCACAGUCUCGGCUGGCCACUGGAUCGCUUCACAUAUGGCGGAUCCUUCAUCUACCACCUUGACGAGGGGGCUCCACUGGUUGCCGUGGGAUUUGUGGUUGGUCUCGACUACAAAAACCCCUAUCUGAGUCCGUUCAAGGAGUUCCAACGUUACAAGACGCAUCCGUACAUCAGACAGACCUUCGAGGGUGGUACACGACUGAGCUACGGAGCCCGAGCACUGAACGAAGGCGGCUUCCAGUCAAUACCAAAGUUAACUUUUCCGGGUGGAUGCCUGAUAGGAUGCCUACCAGGUUUCGUCAACGUGCCAAAAAUCAAGGGCACCCAUACUGCCAUGAAGAGUGGCAUGUUAGCUGCCGAGUCUGUCUUCGAAACGCUGAACCAAGAGAACACCCAGUCCAACACAAUAGCUCCGGAGCCAUCAAGCUAUCAAGAGCUCAUCCAGAACAGCUGGGUGUGGCAGGAGAUGAAAUCAGUGCGGAACAUACGGCCGGCUGCCCACAAUUUUCUCGGAAUUUGGGGCUCCAUCCUGUAUACGGGCACAAUCUACUUCCUGUUUAGGGGCAAAGAGCCAUGGACUCUCAACCACGGUGGCAUUGACUCAUCGCAUUUGAAGCCAGCUGCGGAGUGUAAGCCGAUCGAGUACCCCAAGCCCGAUAACAAGUUGAGUUUCGACUUGCUGAGCUCAGUGGCGCUCACGGGAACCAACCACGAUCACGACCAGCCGGCUCACCUGACUUUGCUAGAUGACUCUAAGCCUGUCGAGCACAACCUCGCUGUUUUCGACGGGCCAGAGCAACAUUUCUGCCCUGCUGGUGUUUAUGAGUAUGUUCCCACAGAGGAUGGCAAGGGCAUGAGGCUGCAGAUCAAUGCACAGAACUGCAUCCACUGCAAGACGUGUGAUAUCAAGGACCCUAGCCAGAACAUUAACUGGGUGUGUCCGGAGGGUGGAGGCGGGCCUGCAUAUAGUGGCAUGUAAUGUCUAGCUAACAACCUUAGUGAAGAUUGUCAGCGACUAUCGAGUAGUAUGCCUUGGAAUCGUGAAGGACACGAGGUUAAGGGUUACGUCGAUGUGAUGGCAAUCACUUGAUGCUGGGUGUAGUCGGCCAUAGUAGCUGGCGAGUCAUCCCUGCUUGCUACUGUCAGUAAUGCAUUCUUUGUAAAGAGUGGUUGCACAAGAAAGAUACACAAGAGUACCUGCUCACAAGAGAUGCUAUGCGAGUGUUCUGUAAGAAGGCAGAAGAACUUUGCUAACGUGAUCAGUAUUGUUAUUUUAUUUGUAAUGGGUUAGAUAUCUGUGAUACCGUCAGUAAUCAAAUUUACACAUUUUUAUACAAGAGUGUAGAAAUGCAUUUCCGUCUAAACCCCGGAGUGAAGCAUUAUAGAAACGCAUCAGGCCAAGUGGUUGUUACUAUUCGAAAUUGUAAAUAAUUUUGUCCAUCAGGUAUCAGAACCUUUGCCUUUGUCGUGCUGCACGAUAUAAGGCUGCAGAAACCAUGGAGGAAGUAUUAGAUGGAAUACCUACCUUCAGUAAUGAAAUUAUCCUCAACGGGUACUUUUUAUGUUAUAUUGUCAUAUGGCAAUAUACCGUUAUAGUUUUAAGCAUAGCUAUUUCACAUUAGAUUUUAUGAGUAACUCAUAAAAAUAUUAUUCAAUAAAAAGCAAUGAUUCCUCCAUUCGCCUUUCAUUAGUUGUUAAUUAUUGCUACACUAACUCCUCGCGUUACUGUGAGCUAAAUUCGUGCUUACUAUUUAUUUGGUAUGAAAAAUUUGGUAUUUCGUUCUGCUUUGAACCAGUGUGCCUGUAUGUGUGUAUACUUCUGUUGUGCACCUCGACCAAUGGGUUGUGCACGUGGGACCCAGCGUGUGACUCUAUGCUCGUGUACUCUUCAUGCCCUUUCCGUGCAUAUUCACCUUAAUAUAAGUACAAACGACUGUGUGAACGUUACCCUGUCUUGCUUUUUACUAGAUUAUAGGCAAUUGUCAUGUCCCCCCUGCGGUUGGUUUUGCAGGUUAUUCAGUUGUAAUUGUCAUAUCUGUUAUUCGUUAAUACACGAUAUUCGUAUGAAAACGAC